AUGUUUGAAUCACUUGUUGCCAAUCUAAUCAAUAGAUUUCUCGGAUCUUAUAUAGAAAACUUUGAUCCAAAGCAACUAAAUAUUGGAAUAUGGAGCGGUGACGUCAAACUUAGGAAUUUACGUUUGAAGAAGGAAAGUCUCGAUAAGUUCAAGUUACCGAUAGAUGUCAAGUUUGGUCACUUGGGAGAAUUAACAUUGCAAAUUCCGUGGUCGAAUUUGAAAUCUAAACCUGUACGAAUCAUCAUUGAAGAUUUGUACGUUCUAGCCUCACCCAUAAUUUUGCAAGACUAUGAUGCCGAAGAUGACGAGAAGAGGCAGCAGGCUUUAAAGGAAUCUAAAUUGAAGGACCUAGAGGCAAUUCUUGAAGCCAAGGGAGAAGAAUUGGGUCGCGAUCUUGCCGAUGAGACUUUUGCCGAGUCUUUGGUAAAGAAAAUUGUUGAUAACCUUCAAGUUACCAUCAAAAAAAUACACAUCAGGUAUGAAGACCAAUCUGUUUUGACAGAAAAGCCAUAUACAUUGGGCACGUCAUUGGAAGAACUAUCUGCCGUUUCGACAGACGAAAACUGGAAACCAUCGUUCAUAGCUAUUACGCAAGCCUUCACCAGGAAAUUGCUUACAUUGAAAAGCUUAUAUUGCUAUAUGGAAACGAAGGACCCUCAAUUGUAUUCAAGUCUUGACAAGGAAGGGCAAUUGGAAGCAUUUAGAGCCCAAAACAGUUGUCAAGAGUUCUUGAUGAAGCCUGUGAGUGGUAACGGAAAACUUACUAUCCACAAACUUGGAGCCACCGAGAUGCAUCCUCACCUAGAUACCGAGCUUUUCUUUGAAGAGUUUGGGUUGGAAAUGAACGAGCAACAAUAUGAGGAUAUUUUAUGGACGGCUUCAAAGUUUCGGUGGUAUUCCAAAACAUCCAAGUUUCGUAAAUUUAGACCAAAGUUGCCACCAAGCGAGGACCCAAAAGCUUGGUUCAGAUAUGCAGCUGAUUGUGUUUUAAACGAAAUACACGAAAAGAAUUACAAGUGGAGCUGGGAUUAUUUUGCCAAAAGAAGAGACGAGAGAAAGUCUUAUAUCAAGUUGUGGAAAUUAAAAUUGGAAAAGAAUAUUGGUGAGGAAGAAGGCAAACAGUUGCAAAAACUAGAACUGACGCUUACUUUUGAUGAUAUUAAAUUAUACCGUUCUCUUGCCCGAAAUGAGCUUAGAAAGGAAGGAAGCAAGGCAAAACUUUACGACACGGAAUCAGCCGAAAAGAAUGACCAGCAGAAAAAAGGAUGGUUUUCUGGUUGGUGGGGAGGUGGAAGUACAGCUCCACUGGAAGAUGAACAACUGAAAACCAUAGAUGCAGAUGGAGAGCACAUAGAUCUUUCUUUAACUGAGGAUCAAAGAAAAACCCUUUAUGAUACUAUAGAUUAUGACGAAGAGGCAGAGAUAUCAACAGUCGAUCUUCCUGAUGAUUGCGUUAAAGUUCGCGUUUCAGCUGCUUUGAAUAAAGGAGGGUUGGUUGUCAGACGAAAUGAUUUGACAAGUUUGGCCGAUGUCUCAUUUGAAGGCUGUAAAGCUCAUUUUUAUCAAAGACCAAACUCUUUUCUUGCUGGUUUCCAGGUGCUCGAGUUUAAGGUCGAGGAUGGAACUGGUUCCAGCAUUUACAACCAUAUUGUUAGUGUCAAACAAGCAAUCCCAAACUCAGAUGAGGUGGAUUCCAACGAAGAUUCAACUCCCUUCUUUCAAAUCCUGUAUGAGCAGAACCCUCUUGAUGGCUCAGCUGACUCGAAGUUAUUAGGGUCCUUGAAAUCAAUGACUAUUUUCUACAAUCCAAGGUUUAUUGAGGAGGUGAUUCGGUUCUUCACUCCUCCCAAGAUCCACUUGGAUACUGUGGGAGCUAUAAUGAAUGCUGCUGAGUCCACUGUUGAAGGUCUAACUUCACAGACUAGAAUUGGACUUGAAUAUGCGCUUGAGGAACAUAAAACAAUUAACGUGAACUUGGAUUUACAAACGCCGUUGUUGAUCUUGCCAUUGGACCCUUCCAGCUAUAAAUCCCCUGUGGCAAUACUAGAUGCCGGUCAUAUAAAUGUCGUGAGCGAAUUGGUAGAAAAGUCCAGGAUCAAGGAAUACAAAAAUAAGGAAAAGUACACCGAGGAUGACUGGAAAAAUUUAAACGAGCUCUUGUAUGAUCAAUUUAAAUUCAGCUUGGAGGAUGCCCAAUUUUUCGUGGGGCAUACAAUAAAGUCGACUAUGGAGCAACUAUAUUCUCACGAUAAACCUAGACCCGCUUUAAUGCUCGACAACUUUAACGUUAAUUUCAAUCUUGGAUUGUCCAUUUUGCCCGAUGCCCAAAACUUGGCUCAGAUCCGGUUGGGUGGAAAUAUUCCAAAACUUCAGUUAUCUAUGAAUGACUUUCAGUAUAAGACGAUGUUAAAUAUACUUGAUGCGGCAAUUCCUGAUAUGAGUGUUGAAUCAUCUGACGAGUCAAGUCUUUUUGAAGCCUACGGCAAUGAUUACAAAGAGCAGGGUAUAGAUAUUGAAGAUGAUCUGCCCAAGGAGGAUAGCCAGGAUAAAAAAGUGCAAAAAUCAAACAACUCUGAACAGCACUUGAUUGAGCUCAAGUUUAGCGUUGAUUUUAUUAAGUUGCAUUUAUCGAGGUGCAUCGAUGGGCUUACCUUGGAUGCGGAACCUUUGAUUGAAAUUGUCGGAAAUGAAUUGGAACUAGACCUUUACAAAACCGAAACGGAUCUCCACAUGAAUUUGGGGCUUUUAGACUUUAAUAUUUUGGAUCAUAUUGAAAAGUCUGGAAAAGAAGAGUUCCAGAAACUUCUUACAUCGAAUACUGAGUUAAAUACAACCAAGAAGUUGAUAGACGUCGAGUACAACAGAAGAUUAAGAGUUGUCGAUUUCAACAAUAAAAAAAUAGAGGUGUUUGAUCAAGAUAUUGACCUCCAUCUUGCUACAGUCAAGUUUGUAAUCACGAGAAAAUCUGUCUUGAGCAUCUUGACCUUUUGUUUAAAUACAUUUACUGACCCCAAUCAGGAGCCAACACUGGCCGAUGAGCUAAACCAUAACCCUGAAGAUGUUGAUGCUGCGCCGCAGAAAAUCAAUAUGAAAGUUAGCCUUGACAGUGUGAUUAUGGUGCUUAAUGAAGAUGGCAUUAAAUUGGCAACAUUCCUGUUGAAUGCUGCUCAGAUCAAGCUUUUGCUUUUACCAGAGGCAAUGGAUGUGUCGGGAAGCUUGGGGGCUUUGUCCCUUCUCGAUGAGUUGAAUCAUGAUAACGAGAGCUCGCCCCGCCAUUUGAUUCAAAUGGAUGAAAAUGAUCUCGCAAAAUUCAGUUACAAAACAUUUGAUUUGCAUGGUAUAAAGCCAUCCGAGCUCAAUUUCAAUGUCAGUGCUAUUUCAGUUAAUUUUGUUGAAAGCUCGUUUAGCAGAAUUGUCAAAUAUGGUAACCAGUUUAUGCAAAUGAAGGCUAUUUAUGAUAGAACUCGAGAAGCAGCUAUAAACCAAGCGACUCAACUACCAAAUAAAAUGAAGUUUGAUAUCUUGAUUCAAGGUCCAAAGAUUACUUUCCCAGUUGGAAACACUGGGUCAGAUGACAUUGUUGCCAACUUGGGUGAGAUAUACGCACACAAUGAAUACCAAGGAGUUUUGAAUGUCAUUUCAGUUGGUAUAAGAAACGUUAACCUAGUUUCCAACUUUCAAUUUAAUGAGGUGAAGCAAAACUUGAAGGUGAUUGAUGAUUUGGAUAUCUCAUUUGACAUCAAUUGGUCCGAAGAUUAUGUCAAGAAUACACCAACAUUUGAAGUUACUGGAAAAACGCCAGGGUUGGACAUACACUUGACUGAACUACAGGUAGAGCUGUUGUCGUAUAUUUCAAAUUCAGUUGCCACUGCAUUCACUAUAGACAGCGAAUCUUCGGACUUGCAGGGCAUCGAGGAGGAAGCAGCUUUUGCAAAUGAAGUGUUGAAGCAUAACACAAGGGUUAUACAAGGAAACAAUGGUGCAUUAGAUAAAGAAAGUAAGCACAAGGAGACAUCACCAGAACUGGAGAUCCCACCCGAUCAUUUGAUGGCGAAAGUUACAUUUGAACUUCCACGUAUCUCAUUGUCCCUUUACAACAAUACGAGUAAUUUAAGUGACAUAAAACUGGCCCAAUUGUCGACAUUUGCACUCAAUGAAGUAAAGGUUAACUUUAAUUCAAAGCAGGAUACCCUGUUUAGAGCCAACAUUGCGAUAAAAUCCUUUGUCGUUGAGGACACUAGACAAAAUACCGAGAGCAAGUUCCCCAUUAUCAUACCUGCUGCUGACGGCGUGGAAAAUCAAUUUCUGUUGCAGAUAAACUCUGAUGUUGUUGCAGGUAGUAACAACUUGGCAACCAUAUUGACGGUGGAGAAACCAAAAGCCAUCUUGGCACUUGACUAUUUAUUCGACUUGCAAACAUUUUUUGACAAAGCAAUCCCGUCAAGCAAAGAAGUACCCGCUGAUACAACUGGACAUCGGAAAUCAGUAACUCUGAUUCCCGAGCUGAGUACUACCACGCAAAGGGUGCAAACCCAUUUUGGGUUUUCAGUUAAUAUCAUUAAGCCAUCCAUUUUUCUUUUAGCUGAUGAUACCAAAGCCGAUACAGAGGCGAUAGCUUUCAAAGUUGAACAAAUAUCAAUCUCCAAACAAAAUAUAAUUUCUUUGGCAACUAGCAAGGUUGGCUUAUAUUUGACUCGCAUGGACAAUCCAAAGAACUCAAGAUACAGAAUUAUUGAUGAUUUUUCUGUUUCAUUUGCCUAUGAUGACAGAAAAUCUUCUCCUGGCAAAUUCUUGGAUAAAGUCGAAGCCUCUAUAGACGCAAUAAUAAUAAGAGUGUCUGUUAGGGAUGUUAGAUUGGGAUUGGCAAUAGUUCAACGUGUGAAUGACUUGUAUGCAAAACAUCAGGAUACAUUAAAUGCCAGUAGUAGUGAUGACAAACUGAUUUCCGAAAGUGUUGAUGACGACUCGUCAUCCUCAAGCAAUUCUUCUCAAGUACUCAAGGGAGAAGUUGAUCAAGUCACCGAUGGCGAGAUUGUGAAAGGGGAAGAAUUAACCGCUAGCUUUGGGGGAUUGAGAUUUGUGUUGAUUGGAGAUGUGUCGGAAUUACCUGUGCUAGAUAUGAAUGUGAAUCCUUUCGAGGCCAGGGCAAUUAACUGGUCUACUGAUUUAAGUGCAGAGAUACAUUUAGAAACUUUUGUCAACAUAUUCAAUUAUUCAAAGUCGGCGUGGGAACCUUUAUUAGAGGCAUGGCCGGUUGCGCUUUAUGCAUCCAAGACUCAAGGCACAAAUUCAAAGUUGUUCUUUGAGUGCGUUUCGAGAGAGGUGGCCCAAGUUACAGUCACAUCCAGAUCAGUUGCCUUACUAUCUCAGGUCCAGUAUCUUUUGAGCAGCGAUGAGAAAUUGAAACCAAGAGGUGAAGAUUAUCCAUUCUUGAUUGUCAAUGACACAGGUCUAGAUUUGACAGUGUGGACGAAUGGGAAUAAAGGUGAUACCGAGACAAAGAUCAAAUACGGCGAAUCAAGACCGUGGGCAUUUGAAGACUGGAGAAAAAUUCGAGAGAAUUUGGACGUGAACACAGCAAGUACAUUGGAUGUUGCUUUUAUCAAUGGCGAAUAUGAAAAUAUUGAACAUAUAUCAGCAGCCAUGGAAGGAGAAGAUUUACAUGUUUUAUAUCCUGCAGUUGAAGGCGUGCAUAACCGUCUUUCUGUGUCUAUAAAUUUGCGCGAGGAUAAUGUCAAAGUCAUCACUCUCAGAUCGACAAUUCUAAUCGAAAAUGAUGCCGAAGUCCCAAUUAUAGUUGAAAUCUUGGGUGAGGAACGAGCUGAGUUAAAAAUUGACUCAAAAAGUAGUCUUUCGAUACCUAUUGAUCUUGCAUACAGCGGAACAUUCAGAGUCAAGCCUAAUCUACACACAUCAUACAAUUGGUCCGAAGAGGAAAUUUAUUGGAAAGAUGCCAUGAAGAAUGAGCUUUCUUUAAGGUGCCCAGCGACAGUUCGAGAAGACACUUCAGUGUUUUACUUUCAAGCCAAAUCGGUUUUUGAUAAAAACGAACCAUUAGCGCAGGUGUAUCCCCAUAUGAAGUUUGUUAUCUCGGCACCUCUUGAGGUUGAAAACUUGUUGCCUUAUGACUUUGAUUACCGAUUAUAUGACAAAAAUUCAAGGCGCGAGUGGACAGGAAGUGUGAAAAAGGGUGUCAAGAGUUAUGUCCACGUAGUGAGUUUGAAGAAUUUAUUGCUACUCAGCAUUCAGCCUCGAAACUGUAACUAUAGCAAGUCAGAGUUUGCCGUCAUCAAUGGCGGGUUGCGUAGUGACUUCCAAAGAGAAAACACGCUAAAGCUUAGAGGUGAUAACAACUUAAAGUUGAACAUUUUUUACCCACGAAAACAAGUUGAUAGUACAAGUUUGAAAAUCGCUGUUUACAGCCCGUAUGUUAUUUUAAACAGAUCCAAUUUAAAUAUUGUUACUACUGAGAGGGACAACCAAUUUGUGUCGCUUGCAAAGACUGUCGAUUCGGAACACAUCUAUCCAACGAUGUUUUCCUUCUCCAAAUUUGAGGACAGAAAGAAUAGAGCAACCAUAAAAACAGAGGAGACAGUUUGGUCCCGCCCUUUGAGUUUUGAUGCCAUCGGACAAGCAAGUGAAUUGAGAUUACAACUCUUGGGAAAACAAAAGGAGAUAAAUCUAGGAGUGACCAUUCUGGAAGGUGAAGGUAUUUACAACUUGACGAAAACCGUUACAAUCACCCCAAGGUAUGUUGUGAUCAAUAGACUUCUGGAGAGUGUCAUUCUAGCUGAAGAAGGAUCUAUUAAGGAGAUAAAUGCAAAACCGGGAGCUUUACUUCCGCUCUAUGGCUUGCGCUGCGUGGAUAAAAAGAAUUUGAUAAUAAAGUUGGGACAAACUUCUCGAUGGUCACAACCGUUUUGUAUUGACAAUGUGGGUCAAUUGUAUAUAAAGGUACACAAGAGCAAUGUUGGACAAGUGUUGGUCAAAGUGACGAUGCUACUUGAAGAUGCAACAAUGUUUGUACACAUUGAGGAUGCCAAUAACCAAUGGCCAUAUUCAAUCAAGAAUUACACGGAUGAAGAAUUCUACAUUUACCAGACCAACCCCAAUAUAAACGCAGAUGGUGAAAUAGUGAAAAGAGACACGGUUUAUAAACCGAUAUACUACCGUGUUCCUCCGAAAAGUGUCAUGCCGUAUGCAUACGACUAUCCAAACGGUCUAGUCAAAGAAAUUAUUGUGAGAUCACAUGGUCGUGAGAGAGCAGUCAAUUUGGCUGAGAUUGGAAACCUAAGACCAUUUAGGUUGCCAUCUACAGAUUCCCAGUCUCAAAAAAUUGUUGAUAUCAAUGUUGUUGCCGAUGGCCCGACUCAAUGUUUGGUUAUCACCGAUUACGACCCUUCAAAGAGUUUAUACCAAAUAAAGAAUGAGACUGUAUCUAGCUCGUCAUUACCAUCCAAUCAAGACCAGUUUGUCCAAGCGGAGAUUGAAGAUAACUAUUAUACCAAGAUAGUGACAAAGCUUGAUGGUCUAGGAAUCUCGUUAAUCAAUACAAGAGAUCAGGAGCUAUGCUACAUCACAUUGAGAGGUAUUGAAUUCAGAUACAAUGAAUCCAACUUGUACCAAAACUUUAGUGCAAAACUCAAGUGGGUGCAAAUUGACAAUCAGCUCUAUGGUGGUAUCUUCCCAAUCAUACUUUACCCAUCCGUCAUUCCGAAAACCGGAAAAGAGUUGAACGACCAUCCAGCGCUUUCAGCUUCCAUUUGCCAAGUCAAGGAUGAUUCGCAUGGGGUGGUGUUCAUAAAGUAUGCCACGACACUCAUGCAAGAGUUGAAUUUCGAGCUUGACGAAGAUUUCCUAUUUGCAAUGCUCGACUUUGUCAAGUUUCCAGGAGCUUCAUGGAAUAAAGAACAGGUCAAUAGGCUAUGUGAUGAGAAUUUGGAUAUCCCUGAACCACUGAAACUUAGCAACACUAGUGACAUUUAUUUCGAAGCUUUGCAUUUGCAACCUAUCCAAGCAAACAUUUCGUUUGUGAGAACAGAGAGACUCAAUGCCGAGGAUAAGACAAACAGUCAGAAUACGGUAAUGUUUUUCUUGAACAUACUUACAAUGGCAAUUGGAAACAUAAACGAUGCCCCAAUCAAAUUGAAUGCAUUGUUUAUUGAAAAUAUUAGAGCCCCGACACCAAUCUUGGUUGAAUCGAUAAGGACCCAUUACAGUCAAGCAUUUUUCUACCAACUUUAUAAUAUUGUGGGGUCUGCGGACUUUUUAGGUAACCCGGUUGGGUUAUUCAACCUUCUAUCCUCAGGUGUGAUGGACAUUUUUUACGAACCAUAUCAAGGAUAUGUUUUGACAGAUAGUCCACAAGAGCUAGGCAUAGGAUUGGCAAAGGGAGGCCUCAGUUUUAUGAAGAAGUCAGUGUUUGGAUUUUCUGACUCUAUAGCUAAAGUUACUGGAUCCAUAGCUAAAGGGUUGACAGUGGCAACAAUGGAUUCCAAGUUUCAAGAACGUCGUCGCUUACAAACUCGUAGGAACAGAGCCAAUCAUGCCGUAUAUGGCUUCACUACUGGAGCAAACUCGUUCAUCGAGGCGGUAUCCUCAGGAAUCGGUGGAAUUACUUCGGCACCCAUUGAAGGUGCCGACGAGGAUGGCGCAGCUGGAUUCUUUAAAGGUAUCGGUAAAGGAAUAAUUGGUUUGCCGACAAAGACAGCCAUUGGGUUCUUUGAUUUGGCAUCCAAUGUAAGUGAAGGCAUCAGAAACACUACAACUGUUUUCGAUGGCGAGAAGCUUGAUAGAAUCAGAUUGCCAAGGUAUAUCAAUCCAGAUGAGGUGGUUAAGCCUUAUAAUGAAAGAGAAGCACAAGGCCAAUUCUGGAUGCACAGUAUUGAUGAUGGAAUUUAUUGGAACCACACUUAUUUGGCCCAUUUAUUACUUCCGGGAGAUGAGAUGGCGGUCUUGGUAACAUUAAAAGAUAUCAUUUUGUUUGACAUAAAAACGCUCAAGUCGAGAUGGGUUGUCAAGUUUGACCAAGUCAAAUCUAUCUCAGUAGAAUCUACUGGAUUGACUAUCGAAUUGAAGAAUAGAAAAGGUCCAUUCAUUCCAAUACCUGAUCGAAAGAACAGAACUUAUUUGUAUCAAAAGAUUGGCGUUGCUGUGAAGGAGUACAACAAAUUUUGCCGUGUUACUCUAUAG